UAUAAAAUCUCAUAAGGAACAUUGAUUGAAUGUAAAGGAGAAAGAGAAGAGAAAUUUCUAUCGUAUUCAGCACAUGGCAUUGUUACCAUCCAAAUCUCUAGUGUUUACAGUCCGUAGGCAAGAAGCUGAGCUCGUCGUCCCAUGUGAGCCAACUCCUCAUGAGUGUAAACCACUCUCAGACAUUGAUGAUCAAGAGGGCCACCGAUUCCAUGUCCGAGGGUUCCAUUUUCACCAGAGCAACCUUUCUAUGAAAGGAAAGGACCCUGCUAAGGUCAUUAAGGAGGCACUGGCUAAAGCUUUGGUUUUUUAUUAUCCAUUUGCUGGUAGAUUAAGGGAAGGACCUAAUCGCAAGCUUAUAGUUGAUUGCACUGGUGAAGGUGUUUUGUUUAUUGAGGCUGAUGCUGAUGUUUCGUUGGUAGACUUCGGUGACGAGCUUUACCCACCAUUUCCUUGUGCAGAGGAGCUUCUUUACGAUGUCCCUGGUUCCAACGGUUUGCUAAAUUCUCCAUUGUUGCUAAUCCAGGUAACACGGUUGAAAUGUGGUGGCUUCAUCUUUGCACAUCGGUUUAACCACACAAUGGGUGACGGAACUGGCCUCUCCCAAUUCAUGACUGCCGUAGGAGAGAUAGCACGUGGUGCACUUGUUCCCUCAAUGCCGCCAGUUUGGGAAAGGCAUCUCUUGAGUGCUCGAGAUUCACCACUCAUAACAUAUCAACACGAGGAGUACUCUCACAAUACUUCAGGUCCAAAAAACGGCACAAUUAUUCCGACAGACAACUUGGUUUGUCGUUCAUUUUUAUUUAGACAAUCUCAUAUUUCAUCACUCCGUAGAUUUGUCCCCCACAACCUCCGUUGUUCAACAUUUGAUAUCUUAUCUGCCUGCUUAUGGUGCUGUCGUACGAAAGCUUUGGAACUUGAUCCAAACGAAGAUGUUCGCCUUAUUUGCAUCGUCAAUGCUCGUUUCAAGUUCAAUCCUCCUUUGCCAUUGGGAUAUUAUGGGAAUGCACUUGGCUUCCCCGCAGCUUCAUCAAGCAUUGGAAAGCUAACCCAAAACCCACUAGAGUAUGCAUUAAAGCUAGUGAAACAAGCCAAGACAAAGGUAACGGAUGAGUACAUGAAAUCAACAAUGGAUUUAUUGGUCACUAGAGGUCGACCAAAUGUUAAAUUGGCGGGAUCCUACAUCGUAUCGGAUUUAACACGAGCAAAGUUCAAAGAGAUUGAUUUUGGAUGGGGUGAAGCGGUCCUUGUAGGACCAGAAACUUGUUGGGAGCUAAUAAGCUUUUAUAUACCAUCCAAGAAUAAGAAAGGAGAGGAUGAAAUCAUAGUUCCAGUUUGUCUUCCAGCCUCUGCUAUGAAAAAUUUUGUUAAGGAGUUAGAAAACAUGUUGAAGGAUGAACAAACAGUUCAUGCUGAUAUAUAAUAACAUACUGUAAACCUUUUUUUUAUUAAAUUUGAAUUUCUACAAAUAAAUAUGUAACCCUAUUAUGCAAUGAUUGGUAUUUCUCAAAAGAUUCAAAAUAUU